CCAGAGGCAGUUGGAUUUUUGUCAGCUGUUGGGGUGUUUAUUAUCUUGAUGCUGCUCCUUUUUCUCUAUAUUAAUAAGAAGUUCUGUUUUGAAAAUGUUGGCGGGUUUCCAGAUCUUGGUUCAGGAUACAGUACAAGAAAUAAUUCACAAGAUAAAAUUUAUAAUUCAUACAUGGACAGAGAUGAGCAUGGUUCAUCCUCUGAAAGUGAAGAUGAAGCACUGGGUAAAUAUCAUGAGGCCUUAUCCAGAACACACAAUUCCAGACAACCACUGGCAGAUUCUAGACAAAAGAACUAUACAUGGGAAACAAGACAAAAAUACAGUCCUCUGUCUGCAGAGUAUGAUGGAUACAGUAGUGAAGCAUCAAUAGAUGAAGGAAACUGCAUUCAGAGAAUGAGAAGAACACCCCCACUGGAUGAAUUGCAGCCACCACCAUAUCAGGAUGACAGUGGUUCUCCCCAUCUCUCAUGUACACCCUCAGAAAUUGGGGACAGUAAAUGUGAAUAUUCUCACUGCAGCAACAGUCCAAGAUGCUCAUAUAACAAGUGCCCAAGUGAAGGAAGCACAGGUCAUGAAAUAGAAAGUUUUCAUAAUAAAGGAUAUGAAGAAGAUGUUCCAAGUGACAGCACUGCAGUCCUGAGCCCUGAAGAUAUGUCAGCUCAAGGAUCAUCUUCACAGCUUCCCAAACCCUUUGAUCCUGAGCCAGAAGCUAAAUAUGGCACACUGGAUGUGACUUUUGACUAUGACUCACAAGAACAGAAGCUUCUGGUAACAGUGACAGCUGUCACAGACAUCCCAACAUAUAACAGGACAGGUGGCAACUCAUGGCAAGUACACCUUGUUCUUCUACCUAUAAAGAAACAGAGAGCAAAAACCAGCAUCCAAAGAGGACCAUGCCCUGUCUUCACAGAAACAUUCAAAUUUAAUCAUGUUGAAUCUGAGAUGAUUGGAAAUUAUGCAGUUCGGUUUAGACUGUAUGGUGUACACCGCAUGAAAAAAGAAAAAAUUGUGGGGGAAAAGAUUUUUUAUUUAACAAAAUUGAAUCUUCAAGGGAAAAUGUCAUUACCUGUGAUAUUGGAACCUUCUUACAAUCAUUCUGGUUGUGACUCCCAGAUGAGCAUGUCAGAAAUGUCCUGUAGUGAAAGUACAUCCUCAUGUCAAUCUCUUGAACAUGGCUCAGUUCCUGAAAUCCUCAUUGGCCUGCUUUAUAAUGCCACAACUGGAAGACUAUCAGCAGAAGUGAUAAAAGGCAGCCACUUCAAAAACUUGGCAGCAAACAGACCACCCAAUGGACUGUUCUGUUGUCUAAAACACUUGAUAGGUGGACAGGUUUAUAUAAUCCGAGAUACAUAUGUUAAGUUAACUCUACUGAAUUCCAUGGGCCAAGAGAUGUCCAAAUGCAAGACAUCCAUCCGCAGAGGGCAGCCAAAUCCAGUAUACAAGGAAACCUUUGUUUUUCAAGUGGCCCUAUUUCAACUUUCUGAUGUGACACUCAUACUGUCUGUGUAUAACAAACGCAGCAUGAAAAGAAAAGAGAUGAUAGGCUGGAUUUCUUUAGGUCUGAACAGCUCUGGAGAAGAGGAACUCAAUCACUGGACUGAGAUGAAAGAGUCCAAAGGACAGCAAGUCUGUAGAUGGCAUGCAUUGUUAGAGUCGUGA